UGACAGAUCGUUUUUGGAAGUUUUCUCCGGCAUGAUGUAAACGAGUGUUGUGUGACCGAAAAAUAUUCUAAAAUUCCGAAGAAUUUCCUCAAUAGUUUUGUUAAUUGUUAAUAUAAUUUUAUAAUGGCAUCCAUUACUCGACUGGUGAGCAAACCGAUGAUUCAAUUCCCGGUGCGGAUUGCGGGAUGCAGAUGGUUAUCAACGCGACAGGAACCGGACCCAAUAAACCAUGCCAAUGAUGAAGAAUUCCGCGUAUUGAAUUUCAAACAGGUGAAAUCACAGCGAUUAGCUCGGCGGAAAAUGGCCAAAUUAGAAGUUCCCCCGCCAAGAUCGCAGCAGAUGGCCACCGAUCAGGACUGGGGUGCCGUCUGGCCGGGCCCCAAAACGUUCGUUCCGGCCACAGUUCCGCUACAGCUGCGCCAAGGGUACAUCUCCAAGAAGCACCAAGUCCCACCGGGCAAAUUCGCCAAUGCUGAACUGAUGAAGAUUCCGAACUUCCUCCACUUGACUCCGCCGGUCAUCAAGCAACAGUGCGAAGCCUUGAAGCAAUUCUGCACCCCCUGGCCCAAGGGUCUGGAAACGGAGCAAAAGAUGAAGCAGCACUUCCCGGUGGAUUACAUUUCGACCGACUAUUGUCAUGCGCUGCCCACCAUUCGGAAUCCGUUGUCCCGUAUCGUCACGGUUCAACUGAAGGUCGACACUCUAAAGCUGAACAAGCACGCCAAAGAUAAGUUCUUGCGACUGGUUGGCGAACGAUACAACCCGGAUACAGAUGUGCUAACCCUGGUGACGGAUCGAUGUCCUCUGAAGAAGCAAAACUACGAUUAUGCCAUGUAUCUGCUGACGGCACUGUACCACGAAUCGAACGUGGUUGAACCGUGGGAGGACACCAAAACGGAAGCCGAUAUGGAAUAUUACGACUUCCAGCGGAAUGUGGCCAAGGUAAACUCGGAAUCGAUUCUGAACUGGGGCAAAUCGGAGGGAGAUUCUCGGCAGGAAGCCCCCACCAGCUAUGCCACGGCAGUGGAACAACUUUUCAACGAUGGUGAAAACGAGUACAAUUUGCAGAAGUACAAGGAACAAACGGUGCAAUUGCUGGGCUUGGCCAAGUGAAGUCCGAGAUAAUGGAAGCUUUUAUAGAGCAUGGUUUUCAAUAUUGGAAAUAUAGCCGGGAAAGUAUA